AGGAAGUCAAAACAAGCCCUAGAAAACAAACUUAAAAUUAAUCACUUCCAAUUUGUAGUUCGGAUAAUCCUAUGAUCUCCAGAUUCCAGAAUGGUCAAAGUUUAGAUUCCCUAACGAAUCAAAACACAUAUUCCAUUUACGGAAUGGAAUAUUGCCCAGUUCAAGUGCCCAGUUUCAGGGAUGGUUUGGAAAGAGGUAUGUUUUUGAUUGGGAGUUGAGAUGAAUAAUUCUACGUCAGCUAGUGCUGUCAAAUGCUGCAAAAAUGAAUUUAGAGGAGCAAGGGUUAAACGCAAGGCAGUCCGUGUGGCUUUCAGCUGCUCUGUGCAUAUUAUUUGGAAGGCCCGAAAUACCAGGGAUCUUUGAAGGAACCUCAGUUGUGCUGCAGAAUAUUUUUUUAUCACCUAUCGAAGUUGCGAGUUGCGACAUUUAUAAUUUUUAGGUUGUAUCCUCUGGGUAUGAUUAGUUUUUUAUUUUUGAAUCGAAGAUGUUUGUUUUCUUUUGUUUUUGGAGUUCUGCUAUGGGGAUUCUCUGCUCUGGUGUGAAGCGACAACUUGAUCAUCUUUGAGCACGCCCUCUCUGUAUGCCUGCAUAGAACGUCUGCCGCCCCUCUAGUAAAUGGAAUGUUGCAAAAGAUAUUUGCUUCAUCUAUGAGCACCUGCAAGCUCUACACUCAAACACAAAGAAGCCACGACUCUCUAUUUUCUUUAAUUUCCAAAGCAUUGUCUUUCUCUAAAAACCCAAGAGAUGUACACAAAGUUCACGCCUUUAUAAUCUUAUCAGGCCACCAGCACUCUGUGUUCUUAUCCGGCAAACUCAUUUCCAGGUAUUCAGAGAUCAAAGACCCGGCCUCUUCGAUAGCUGUUUUUCACUUAAAUUCACAGACGAAAAAUGUGUAUUUGUGGAACACCAUCAUCAGGUCCAUGACCCAUACUGGACAGUUCUCUAUGGCAUUGGAGUUUUAUUCCCAUAUGAGAAAAUCAGAUAUUAAGCCGGAUAACUAUACUUUCCCCUCAGUUAUUAAUUCCUGCGGCAGUUUAUCCGACUUUGAGAUGGGAACAAUUGUUUAUGGUCACGUGCUAGAAAUGGGUUUCCAGGCGGAUUUGUACAUUGGUAAUGCUCUGAUUGAUAUGUACGCUAGGAUGAAUGAUUUGGGGCGAGCACGGGAAGUGUUCGAUAAAUUGCCUAGUAAAGAUGUGGUUUCUUGGAAUACUCUCAUCUCUGCAUAUAGUGCCAACGGCUAUUGGGAAGAAGCUCUUGAAGUUUUUCAUCAGGCUAGAUUAUUUGGAGUGGAGCCUGAUUCUUUUACUCUGUCGAAUGUUUUACCAGCAUGCGGGGGAUUGCUGAAGGUUACACAGGGGCAGAUAGUUCACGGGUUGGUGGAGAAGGUAGGAACUAAAAAAGAUAUAAUUGUUAAUAACGGAUUGCUGUCAAUGUACUUUAAGCUUGAGAGGCCAAUGGAUUGUGAGAAGCUCUUCUCUGAGAUGACACACAGAGACACAGUCACCUGGAACAUUAUGAUUUGUGGGUAUUCACAGUUGGGUUUAUAUAACGAGUCGAUCCAGCUGUUUCUAGAAAUGGACAGUUGUGAAUAUAUUAGACCGGAUUUGAUGACACUAGCUUCCCUUCUGCAUGCUUGUGCUCAUGUAAGAGACUUGAGGUUAGGUAAGUAUAUUCAUCAUGACAUCAUAGUUAAAAACAAAUACGAAUGCGACAUCACGGCUAACAACAUCAUAAUCAACAUGUAUGCAAAAUGUGGUGAAUUAAAAGCUUCAAGAGAUGUUUUCAGCAGAAUGAAAUGCAGGGAUUCAGUAUCAUGGAACUGUUUAAUCAACGGAUAUGCUGAAAAUGGGUCCUACACGGAUGCAAUACAAGUUUUCAAAACAAUGAAGAGGGAAACAGUUCCUGAUUCUGCAACUUAUGUGACUCUUCUAUCAGUAUGUACACAAGCAGAAAACAUAGAUUUCGCUAGACAACUCCACUCUGACAUAAUGAAGAGAGGAUUCGAAUCCAUUCUGAUUCUUGGAAAUUCCUUGGUGGAUAUGUAUGCCAAAUGUGGACACAUCCAUGACUCUCUCAAACAUUUCCAGAACAUGGACUCUCAAGACACUGUCACAUGGAACACUAUAAUCACAGCAUGUAGAGAGGAUUGUGCUAUGGGAUUUAGAAUGGUUAGGAAGAUGAGAUAUGAUGGAAUUGAGCCGGACACCACUACUUUCUUAGUCUCCCUCCCUCUAUGUUCCAUUCUUGCCGCCAAACGGAAAGGCAAAGAAAUUCACAACCAGAUUCUGAGGCUUGGUUUCCAUUCAGAUGUCCCGAUCGGCAAUGCCCUGAUUGAAAUGUACUCAAAAAGUGGGACCUUGACGACUGCGGUGACGGUCUUUGAGGGCAUGCUGAAAAAAGACAUAGUUACAUGGACUUCAAUGAUAACUGCUUAUGGAAUGUAUGGCGAAGGAAAGAAAGCUCUGGGAGUUUUUGACGAUUUGAAAAAAACACCCGGAAUCCUUCUCGAUCAUAUUGUGUUUGUUUCCAUAUUAUAUGCAUGUAGCCAUUCAGGUCUUGUAGAAGAAGGCCGGACCCACUUUGACCAGAUGAAGAGAGAGUAUCACAUGGAGCCCAGACUAGAACACUAUGCAUGCAUGGUGGACCUACUUUCUCGAUCCGGGCUAGUUUCUGAAGCGGAGGAGUUUAUUCUCUCCAUGCCAAUCCAGCCAGAUGUUACUAUCUGGGGUGCUCUUUUGAGUGCUUGCCGGUCAAGUGGGGACACCAAAACUGCUGAGCUGGCCCUCCACAAUCUCUCUCGUUUGAAUUCGGAUGAUCCGGGCUAUCACGUUCUUGCGUCCAACGUGUACGCAACAUUGGGAAAUUGGGACAAAGUGAAGAAGAUAAGAAAAUCUAUCAAGUCAAGGGGGAUGAAAAAAGAACCUGGAUCUAGCUGGGUGGAGAUAAACAAUAAGGUUUAUGUUUUUAUUGCCGGAGACAGGUUGUUCGAACAGUAUGCAGAGGUUAAAAAUCUAUUAUGGAUUCUUUAUGGUUUGAUGGCUAAAGAAGGUUAUGUAGCAGACCUACACAGUGUGUUGCAUGAUGUGGACGAUGAUGAGAAGGUGGAGGUGCUUUGUGGGCACAGUGAACGGAUAGCCAUAGCAUUUGGGUUAAUAAACACAAAACCAGGGACUCCUCUUCAAAUAAUGAAGAAUCUCAGGGUUUGUGGGGAUUGCCAUACUGCAACCAAGUAUAUAUCGAAAGUAGUGAACAGAGAGAUAUUAGUAAGGGAUGCUAAUCGGUUUCACUUAUUCAAGGAUGGUACGUGUAGUUGUUGCGAUCUGUGGUGACAUUUUAACUUCAAAUGUCACCAGGAAGCUAAAAGAGCAGAUGCCAUGCAGUAAAGAAUCCAACAUGAGAGUGGGAUGGUUCAACAUAUACAAAUAACAGAGAUACUCUGCAAGAAUCUGUUCCAAGAGGGCAUGCUAAUGGGAGUCAAUUCAUACACUUAACUUGAGAUAUUGCAGAAAGCCAAAACUUACUGCAUCCGCCCCCCAAUAAAACAAUGUCAUAUUCACAAAGGGCACUGUCAUUACAAUUGCAGCGGCGGUUGUGAGGACUCGUGCUGAGAUAGCCUUCUUUCAGCGGGGAAGAAAGCACAUACAGUUUUUCACUUAAGGCUUGGACUUGGGGCUUUUGAUUGGGUCUAUUACCGAGAGUAAAGAUGUUGAAAGCAAGAAUAGUUGAAUACAAAAUAUAUAGACUAAGAGACUCAAGUCUCGCAUUACCCUCGCAUUUUGGCUUUAGCUGAUUCGAGACUAAGAACAGCUGAUCCAAUGGCACGACUUUUGUCUUCUUGAAGAUUGGGUAAGAACAGGAUAAUUACUAAUAUUUUUUUAGGGAGAUUUCUCAAAAUAGGAGUAAAUGAAGUUUGAAAUUCCAAAAUAGGACAACUUUGUUUUUAUUCCCGAAAUGAGACUAACACGGCAGUAUUUACUGUCAUCUUGUAGCCGUGACUGCCAAAUAGUUGUAGUACAGUGCAUUUAACAUGACAGUAUCUAUUAUAAUUAAUGACAUUAUUUUUCAAUCAUGACAGUAUUUUUCAUACAUGACAGUAAUAACUCUUAUUUCGGGAAGAAAAACAUACUAGUCCUAUUUUUGGAAUUCCAAGUGUCAUUUGCUCCUAUUUUGGGUAAUUUCCCAUAUUUUUAUUUUACAUUGAUCAUCAGGUUGCUAGUCAACUUGCGCAAAUAAUCUAACAAUUGUAUGAGCUUUCUGAUUCUUAGUACAGUUAAUUAUUUUUAGUUGUACCUGUAUUUUUGGAAAAUUACAUAUAUAAAAUAUAAUGGUAGAAUAGUUAUUCAUCAAA